AUGUCAACCCUCCCAUAUGGACCUACCUGGACUAAACACAAAAAGGCCUUUAUGAUUAAUUGCCCAACUGUAGAAAUCCAUAAAUCCAGGGCAAAUCUAGAUGAACUUAUUCCUUGGGAUCAUCUCGUCCAAAUUGCUAUAACAUUUAUAAGGCCUGCAUCAACCCAUGGACAAUGCGUAGAGCCUCAACCCCAGUCUAAAGUGAAUCAACAAGAACAAACUCACACUUUACCGUCUCUCAAACAAAAUUGGAAAAGAAUGGCUAGAACAAUAUUUCAACAACAAUUAGGAGCUGUUAUCAGUGAAAUGGAAGAAGUGUCCCAAAAAGCAUCGGGUGUUGCUAUUAAGGGUUCUAAUAAGGACAAGAGAGGUCGUAUGGAGGAAACAAGUACAGAGAUUAGCAAGAAAGCUUGCACAAAAGAAGCUCAUUCUAACAAGGUGGUGGUAGCCAGCCUCAAGAUUCAGGGCUCUCCUUUUACAUGGAACAACAAGAGAGACAAGAUGCAUAAUGUGAGAGAAAAGCUUGAUAGAGCAGUAGCAUCGCCAUUCUGGUCACUGUUAUUUCCUAAUGCGACUCUUCUCCAUCUCGAAGAUGUGGGUUUAGACCAUCAUCCUCUAUUGCUAGACACUGAACUGAGUAGGAAAAAGCUAAAGCAGCAAUUCCAGUUUGAUGUCAGAUGGGUAGAGAAACAAGAGGGAGCACUCACAAUGCUUGGAAGGGAUAGGAUAUUAAAGCCAUUGAAAAAGAACUUACGAUGGAAAUCAAUAGAGAAGAACACUUCUGGGUUAAAAAAUCCAGAAUUGAAUGGCUUUACCUGGGGGAUAAAAGCACCAGCUUUUUCCAUGCAAAGGUUAUCCAGAGGAGAUGCAGGAAUCAUAUUGUUGGCAUCAAAGAGAGCCAAGGAGAUCAAAAGAGCAACAUUCUCCAUCAAUCCCUCUAAGGCCCCAGGUGAAGAUGGGUUGACUGGUCUAUUCUUCCAGAAGCAAUGGAAUAUAAUUGGGACAGAUAUCUGUGCUGCUAUUCUAGAAUUUUUUCAGAAUGGGAAAAUGAUUCGUAGUAUCAACCACACAGUCAUCACACUUGUUCCUAAAGUCAAACAAGUUCAAACGAUGAAGGACCUCCAUCCCAUAGGCCUGUGCAAUGUGUUAUACAAGAUCAUCUUUAAAAUUCUCACAAGUAGACUACAACCCUUCAUGAAUGCCAUUAUUGGAGAUGAGCAGAGUGCUUUUACAAAGGGGCAGUUAAUCUUUGAUAAUAUCCUUCUGGGGCAUGAGUUAAUGCACAGCUUGAGACUCAGGAAGCAAGGAAAGAAAUAUGGUAUGGCUCUCAAAUUAGACAUAAGCAAGGCUUAUGAAUGUGUGAAAUGGCAAUAUCUUCAGCAUAUGCUCCAAGUCUUUGGCUUUAAUGACUAUUGGACCAAAUGGAUCAUGGAAUCAAAUAAGCAAACAUUUGAUGAACUCAGGGAACAGAUCAGGCACAAAUUGGCUGGGUGGAAGGAACAACUAUUGUCUAAAGGUGGAAGAGAAGUGCUCAUUAAAGCUGUAGCCCAAGCCAUUCCCAUCUAUGCUAUGUCAUGCUUCAAAUUACCUGUCAUCCUUUGCAAUGAGAUUAAUAGUCUUAUGGCCAAUUUCUGGUGGGGGCAACAUAAGGAGGAGGCAAAAUUGCAUUUAGUUACUUGGAAGAAUAUGUGUGAGCCUAAACGACAGGGGGGACUGGGCUUUAGAGAUCUGCAAGCUUUUAACAUGCCUAUUGUGGCAAAGCAGGGAUGGAGGAUACUAUCUAAACCUAAUUCUUUGUUGGCACGGGUGCUCAAAGUGAGAUAUUUUCCUCACACAUCCUUUUUACAAGCUAAAGCAGGCAGUAAGCCUUCAUCGGGUUGGCGCAACAUUCUUUAG